AUGCAAGCGUCAACGCUUGCAGUGCUGACAACGACUGCAGUCAAGACUACAACUAAAUCCAUCACAAGCAGCUCCACAUCGUCUCCUCCUAGUACUACACAACAAAUAACACAAGGCACAACAACACAACCACCAGUAAAAAUGACCACUACAGCAGCAGAUAAAAGUGGCAGCACAACAGACACUACACAAUUAAAUGGGACACAACUGUCGCAGAAUAAGAGUUCAGAUGUUUCAUCUACUACGGGAUCAUCUUUUUCUUCUACCACCUCUCUUCAAGAAAUCACUUCUGCCUCUGGAACCUCAGCUUUUGGCAGUCCUGGAAGCAGUUCUGGAAACAAGGAUGUGCCGGAGAACGCUAUCCACUAUUCUAGCGUUAUCUUGCCAAUUGUCAUCACCUUGAUAGUCAUUACCCUUUCUGCCUUCUCACUGGUGGCUUUGUACAGAAUGUGCCAGAAGAAAACUCCAGAGAGACAAGAGAAUGGCACUGAACAGGCCCAAUCAGAUAAAGAAGGAGUCAAACUUCUCUCUGUGAAGGCAACGUCUCCUGAGACUGUUUUUGUAGAAGUGCGUGAUAUGUAUGAGGUUGGCUUCUCACUGCCCUCUGCCAAUCUAGAUGAUCCCACAACUCCUCCUCCAUCAGGAGAAGUGUCUCAAGGCAGGACCACAG